GUUAUUGGCGCGGCAGCGAACUCUCCUUGAACGGAGCACCCCGAGAUGCCAGGCCCAUUAUUCAAGCACUAUUUAUAUAUUUGGUGCCAGCGGUAGCAAAAGGUCAAGAUGUCGCCGUCCGGACCAAGCACGUCUCGCCUCUGCCACCUUUCUUCGCCGCGCUCUGGGUAACCAAGCCUUGUUUGAAUGCCCAAGAUGGCGCUCCGAUCCAUCGUCCGCUUGUUUGCCCUGUCCGCCUCCGUUUUCGCACCCAGUGUUCUUGGUGCUUUCGGUUAUACUUCAUCUGGUGGCAAUUAUGUUGUUGAUGCCGGCUCCGCCAACCCCCUGGUCUUCUCCGUGAGCCAGUCGAACUGCGACAUCAAGUCCAUCAAGUAUCGCGGAACCGAGCUUCAGUAUGGCAGCACCGGUACCCACAUCGGCUCUGGCUUGGGCUCGGCCACUGUUUCGAUCAGCCAGAUUAGCGGGUCGUCCCGGUAUAUCAAGGUGACAUGUGUGACGUCCACGUUGACGCACUACAUGGUGGUUCGGGAGGGCGAGAGCAUCAUCUACAUGGCGACCUACAUCACCGCCCAGCCGUCGAUAGGAGAGUUGCGGUUCAUCGCCCGUCUGCUUCCUGACAAGCUGCCCGGCGAGCACCCCUACGGCGAGGUCUCAAACACGAACGGUGCCAGUUCGACUGUCGAGGGCUCCGAUGUCUUUGUGGUCAACGGGCAGACACGAUCCAAGUUCUACUCGUCCACGCGGUUCAUCGACGAGGACUCUCAUUGCGUGUACGGCGGCAGCGACUUGAUGCACGUUUGCAUCAUGACCCCCCAGCAAGAGUCCUCGUCUGGAGGUCCCUUUUUCCGGGACAUUGACUCCAACAACGCCGGGGCUUCGACAAACCUCUACAACUACAUGAAUAGUGGUCAUGUGCAGACGGAGGCAUACCGCAUGGGGCUGCAUGGGCCUUAUGCCAUGCAAUUCUCGCGGUCCGGGAUCCCCAGGGUUAAGAGCCUCGAUGUUUCUUGGUUCGGAGAGGUUUCUGUCACCGGAUACGUGCCGGCUUCUGGCCGUGGAACGGUUCAGGGAACCGCGAGUGGCGUGCAGAGUGGCCUUGAAGGUGUUGUUCACUGGUACAACAGUGCUGCGCAAUACUGGGCGAGGACGUCGUCCACCGGGGGGUUCACCUCGCCGUUGAUGAAGCCAGGCACGUACACGAUGGUUCUAUACCAGACCGAGUUCAAGAUUGCCACCGGCACUGUCACUGUCUCUUCUGGCAAAACCGUCACCCAAAACAUUGCCGGUACUUUCAACACAUCGCGGAAGACUCUCUUCCAGAUCGGCGAGUACGACGGCCAACCGACAGGAUUCCGCAACGCCGACAAGUUCCUUCGGAUGCACCCGAGCGACAGCCGCAUGGCGAGCUGGGGCCCCCUGACGUACACGGUGGGCACCUCGCAGCUUUCAGACUUCCCCAUGGCCGUCUUCCAAUCGGUCAACAACCCGGUGACGAUCCGCUUCAACCUGGACAGCGCUCCAGGAGCAGCCACGCUGCGCAUCGCCACGACCCUGAGCUUCGCUGGAAGCCGCCCCCAGGCGGUUGUCAAUAGCUGGAGUGGUCCUAUCCCGUCAGCGCCGCCCAAGAUCGACAGCCGCGGUGUGACGCGGGGCGCAUACCGCGGGAACGGGGAGGUGUAUACCGUUAACAUCCCUGCCGGCACGCUUGUCGCCGGCAGCAACACCAUCACGAUUAGCUCCGUCUCUGGCAGCAGCGGGGCGACGUUCCUGAGCCCCAAUUUUAUAUUCGAUGCUGUUGAACUCUACACAGCUUGAUCUCGGGUUUAGUUAACUGGGUAGGGAUGGUAAAACUGCCACAUCGGCGUAGCCUUAGCCUAACCUUACUCCCCGCAAAUUAAUACUCGAAGCGCUGCUUGGUUUUGAGGCCACGCUAGAGUCAAAAGUGAACUCGAACUUUGUAAUAUUGCAGUAGACGAGCUGUGCUGGUAUUAAUACAGGGAUAUCAAAGUGACAUGAUUGGGCCGUAUUGUCCAAGACUCC